CCUGCUGCUGGCCGGCGGCGCGGCCGCGCGCGGCGGUUAUGAUGCCCUGGGCUAUUCUGUGGAGGGCAGUGACAAGUGGAGUGGGAGACAGCUGCUGCAAGCACGAGAGCAGAACACGACUGCCAUCCCUGGGGGCGGGGGACAGCCCUACGUCAGGAACUGCACUGAGCCAGCUCUCCACGAAUUCCCCAAUGACAUCUUCACGAACGAGGACAGGAGACAUGGAGCUGUGGUCCUGCACGUCCUUUGUGCCGUGUACAUGUUCUACGCGCUGGCGAUCGUCUGCGAUGAUUUCUUUGUCCCUUCGCUGGAGAAGAUCUGUGAACGCUUGCAUCUCAGCGAGGACGUGGCUGGGGCGACGUUCAUGGCAGCGGGAAGCUCCGCUCCCGAGCUCUUUACAUCUGUCAUAGGUGUUUUUAUCACAAAAGGAGAUGUGGGCGUUGGAACCAUUGUAGGCUCAGCUGUAUUUAACAUUCUCUGUAUUAUUGGCGUGUGUGGGCUUUUUGCAGGACAGGUUGUUGCGCUGUCGUCGUGGAGUCUCCUGAGAGAUUCAAUCUACUACACCCUGUCUGUCGUUGCACUCAUUGUGUUUAUUUAUGACGAAAGAGUUUCCUGGUGGGAGUCCUUAGUCUUAGUGCUGAUGUAUGUCAUCUACAUCAUUAUAAUGAAGUACAACUCAACCAUACAUCACUGCUUUGAGAGGAAGACCAAAAACUCUGCGAACAUGGUGAACGGCCUAGCCAGCAACGCGGAAAUGGACGACAACAGCAACUGCGACGCCACGGUGGUGUUACUAAAGAAAGGUAACUGUUCCAGAAAUUUCCACCGUAAAGCCUCAGUGAUCAUGGUUGAUGAGCUGCUCUCUGCCUACCCACACCAGCUUUCCUUUUCCGAGGCUGGGCUCCGGAUCAUGAUAACCAGCCAUUUCCCUCCCAAAACACGGCUCUCCAUGGCCAGCCGCAUGUUAAUCAACGAGAGGCAGAGGCUGAUCAACAGCAGGACUUACACCAACGGUGAGUCAGAAGUGGCAAUCAAAAUCCCUGUGAAGCACGUGGUGGAGAACGGGACAGGCCCCGGGAACUCCGCGGAGCGGGGCGUGAACGGCGGCCGGCGGGACGAGGACGUGGCCGAGGCCGGGAACGAGACCGAGAACGAGGACAACGAGAACAACGAGAACGACGAGGAGGAGGAAGAGGAUGAUGACGACGAUGACCACGAAGGGCCGUACACACCUUUUGACCUCCCCAGUGGAAAGAUAGAAAUAUUGAAGUGGGUCUUCACAUGGCCUUUGAGUUUUGUCCUGUACUUCACAGUGCCCAACUGUAACAAACCCCACCUGGAAAAAUGGUUCAUGGUUACCUUUGCUUCUUCUACCCUCUGGAUUGCAGCUUUUUCUUACAUGAUGGUGUGGAUGGUGACAAUCAUUGGGUACACCCUGGGAAUCCCAGAUGUGAUCAUGGGCAUUACGUUCUUGGCAGCUGGAACCAGUGUGCCAGACUGCAUGGCAAGCCUUAUUGUAGCAAGGCAAGGAAUGGGGGAUAUGGCUGUAUCCAACUCCAUCGGAAGCAACGUUUUUGAUAUUUUAAUUGGCCUGGGCCUUCCAUGGGCUUUGCAGACCCUGGCAGUGAAUUAUGGAUCAUACAUUCGGUUAAACAGCAGAGGACUUAUCUAUUCUGUUGGUCUCCUGCUGGCAUCUGUUUUUGUCACAGUUUUUGGUGUCCACAUGAACAAAUGGAAACUGGAUAAGAAGCUAGGGUGUGUGUGCCUUUCCCUUUACGGCAUCUUCCUGUGUUUCUCCAUCAUGACAGAAUUCAAUGUUUUCACGUUCGUGAACUUGCCCAUGUGCAGAGAUCACUAACGCAGGGGUGACUGUCGGGAGGAGCUUCCUUCUUACCUGUGCAAUACGAGCCACGGCGGGCGACUCCUCAACGUGGGGCACCUCCAAGUCCUGACACACGUCCUGCUCGCUGUUCAUAGGACCCGUGGCCCCAUCUAGGUGUGCCCUCUCCCCGGCCCCCACGACCUGGAACAAUCCUGCAUCGAUGUGAAGAGGUUUUUUUUCAGCAUUCAUGUGAUUUCCUAGCUCAGUCUUUGAACAGUGUGACUGCGACUCGAUGAACUGGCUGCUAACUGGCGUCAAGCCAGGCAAAACUGGUCUGCUACAAUUCCUUCUUUUUUUAAGUUAUUUGAUGGAAGACUAAUUAAUUUAUGACUUAAGACUAUUGCUACAAUGCAGAAGAGGGUACGUUGUGCAGGGGCUGACUCUCGAGGAGAAUCAUGGGAAUUUUUUUGAUUGUGGGGUUUUGUUUGUUUGUUUUUAGUUUUGGUUUUGCUGUUUUUUAUUUGUUUGUUUUGACGGGGGGGGGGGUGUUCUUGUUGUUCUUUUUUUUACUUGCCAGAGAUCAACGUCCUGUCUUGCAUCUUCUCCUUCUGAGCACUGGGUCUCCUGUAACAAUCCAAAGGUCACAGGGCAACGUAAAAUGGAAAUGCAGUUCAAGAUACUCAGCAUAAAAGUGGAUAAAAGAAGUUUUUCAAGGCAACAGCUGAUGACUUUUUACUAUAAAUAAUGAAUCUUGUACAAGUGUGAUGAGGAUUGCAAGCUAAAUGUGGAUACAAAGGGUAAACAGUGCUACCAUUUUACUAUGAAUGUCGGAGUUUUAUUACUGGGGCGUUUAUGUCAUUUCCAAGCAAUAGUUUGAUUGCCCAGGAGGGCUGCCAAGGUGCCCUGGUUUUUAACUGGUCUGCACGUGGACAUGGAAGGUCAGAACUUUCUCUGCUUCAUCAGAUCUCUUGUUUUGGGGGGAUCCAAUCGUUCGUGUCUUAUUCGUUCUGAGAAGGACGUGAGUACGUGUGGAAACUUUUCUAAAUGAGUUACAGACACUGGUUUCUUUAAGAGGAAAGAGGCAUAUUUUGCACAGACAUAGUUACUGAAGUCCUAAUUUGCCAUUCUUUGAAGAAUACACUGGACCUGGCCAGAUAUUUGUCAUCUUAAGCAGUUGAACUUAUCUGAUAACAGAUCAUGUGGAUUCAUCACCCUUCCUUUGGGAGGGAGGAAGACACAGACAGAAAUGGCACUUUUUAAAAUGUGGAAUAUCUUCAAUGCAGACUUGCUCACAGAUCUUAAGUUAUUGUGAAAGUUUAGCUAUUCAUUGUUCCAGUAUCCCAGCUAGAUUUUGUAUAAUUCUGUAUUAAUAUGCAGGCAGAUUCCACCCCCUGGGAAAGCCAUCACAGCUUCGUUGAUAUGUAUGGAUACUGUGGAUUCUUGCCACUGCGACUCUUGUAUUUACUUUAAGCACUGAUCACUUCUGAUCCCUUUUGUAUGUUUUCUCCUCUUUCUUGUAUAUGUUUUACUAUGAAAUGUAUUAAGAGACUACCAGCUAGGUGAAUGUUUUUGUCUAUGGUACAAACAGUGGCAAAUGUUAAUAGUAAAGGUACAACAAACCCUACAUAAAAGAAAGAAAGGGAAAAAAAAACCACAAACAAAAAAAAAACUAACUAUAGCAGCAAAAAAAAGAACUCCAACUUGUAAGAAAAAAGAAGAGAGUCAUGUUCCAUUCACAGACAAAAAGCCAAUUUUUAUUUCA